CGUCACAGAAUCGCUACAAAAAUUGCGAAAAUCUAGAGAGGGAGAAAAUCCAAUGAAAUGUUUGACUCGGACGAGUUGGCUCAAAUAGUAACUUUAACUCUUUACGCAGAUAAUCCACGACACAAACAGGUGAGUGUGGCGAAGCCUUUGGUUAGGGCUAUUUUACCAUAUCCAGCGCACAUCACAUCACAUCACUACCUAUACUCGCUUCUUUCGCUCUCCUUUUUCUCUCAAAUCUUCUUCAAUGGCGGCUUUCGAUUAGUGUAUUUGGCGAUAAGGUGUCUCGAGAGCGGCGACUGUUUGCUGCUGAAUUAUGUGUGGGAAGAGAAACUGAGAUGCUGGAUUAGAUAUAGUGUUUGUUUAUUUUGAGGAUUGAAUUACCCGUGGUGGUAGAAUGGAGCCAGUGGUGGUUGGGACUGGGAGGCGCCGGGGGAGAAAACGGAAGAGAAAUGACGCACCAGAUGCUCUGGUGGAUAGUGAUGGUAAAAAGAAGGUAGUCGAGACAAGGUCUUUAAAACUUGUGGGUAGAUAUGUGCGGAAAGAGUUUCAGGGCAGUGGGGUGUUUUUGGGGAAAAUUACGUCUUAUGAUUCAGGUUUGUAUAGGACAAACUAUGAGGAUGGGGAUUUUGAGGAUUUAGAUAGUGGCGAAGUUAAGGUGUUUUUGGUUGAAGAUGGGGAUUUAAUUGGUGAAUGGUCUGAGAGGAAAGAGAAGUUGGACAAAACGUUGCUAGGUAAAGAUGUAAAUGCAAAGGUUUUGAAAGUUGAAAACAUGCUAGAGCCAACCAAUUGCAAUCAGAUCGAUUUAUCAUUGUUGAGUGAGCUGAACGUUGGUGAAGCUGGUACUAAUGAAGUAGAAGUUGAUGAUGAUGGUGAUACUGAUUCUUCGGGUGAUUCAUGUGAGAAUGUGCAAGAGCAGGAUGCUUGUUUAAACAUGGAAGAGCUACUUGUUCCACCACCAGAAUUGCCUCCUUCUUCGGGCCAUAUUGGUGUUCCAGAGGAAUAUGUUUCUCACCUUCUAUCGGUACAUAGUUUCUUGCGUUCGUUUAGUGUUCCGCUGUUUCUGUACCCCUUUGGAUUGGAUGAUUUUGUUGGGGCACUCAAUUCCUCUGUUGCGAACACAUUGUUGGACUCUGUCCAUGUUGCUCUAUUGCGUGUCCUGAAGCGCCAUGUUGAGAGGCUCUCAUCAGAAGGUUCGGGGGUUGCCCUGAAAUGCAUGAGGUGCCUGGAUUGGAGCUUGCUUGACACCUUAACUUGGCCAGUCUAUUUGGUCCACUAUCUGAUGGUGAUGGGUUAUACAAAUGGAUCAGAAUGGAAGGGAUUCUAUGCCCAAUCCUUGGAGAGAGAUUAUUACACUUUAUCAGCUGGAAGGAAAUUAUUAAUUUUGCAGAUUUUAUGCGAUGAUGUUCUGGAUUCUGAAGAGCUAAGAGCAGAGAUGGAUAUGCGUGAAGAGUCAGAAGUAGGAAUAGACAUAGAUACAAGUACAAUGAUCAGCCCUACUGGUGGAUCUAGAAGAGUCCAUCCUAGGUACUCUAGAACUGUUUCAGCCAAGGACAAAGAAUCUCUAGGAAUUAUUGCAGAGCAUCAUGAGAAAAAGGAUCUGUUUGGUAGUCAUUUUGAUCAAGUAGGUGGAUCAGUUGAAAAUUCGGCUGAAGAAGAUGGUAAUGGUGAUGAAUGCCGUAUAUGUGGCAUGGAUGGAUUGCUGCUUUGCUGUGAUGGUUGCCCAUCAUCAUACCACUCUAGAUGCUUAGGACUGAACAAGAUGCAUAUGCCGGAGGGUUCUUGGUAUUGUCCUGACUGUCAAAUAAAUGCUACUGAACCAAAAAUUUUGCAAGGAACAACUUUAAAGGGAGGACUUAAUUUUGGUGUUGAUCCAUACGGACAAGUCUUUGUUGCUACCUGUGACCAUCUACUUGUAUUGAAGGCCUCAAUUAACUCAGAGAUUUGUCUCAGAUACUACAACAGAAAUGACAUUCCUAAAGUUAUCCAUUCCCUUUACUCAAAGGCAGAACACAUAGUCGCAUACUCAGAAAUAUGCAGGGGGAUCAUGCAGUAUUGGGUACUGCCUGAAGACCUCUUACCUUGCAGUGAAAUGCCUGUAGCUGGUUUACAGUUAUCAAAGGAAUUAGGAGGAGAUGAGUGUACCACUCAUUUGGAUAAUUUGUUGAAGAAGUCAUUCACUGAGAUGACUGAGAUUGAUGACACUGGAAGUUGUGACAGUGGUAGUGGUGCCGCCGACAAGGCUGCCUCAAAUCUUACGAACUUUGUUCCUGGGCCUGUCCUCAGUGGGAACUCAUUGAGUACAAUGAUCAAAUCAGAUAACCUGGGUUCAAAUGGACAAAAUUCUUGCUUUAUAUUGGUUGAACCCACUUCAUUUGGUGGUUUAAUAGGACAGCCUGCUGCCAAAGAGUUAAACCAACAAAGUACUUCAAAUGUGACAGAGGCUGUUUCUCACACAACAAGAAACAGCACUGACAAUUUCAGUGGUCCUGUGAAUGGGGCUACUCCCAAAGCCAAAACGUCUCUUUCAUGCCUGGGACUUAAUAGUAGGGCUGAGAGGAAGUCCUGUGGAAAUGCAUAUGAUGAUUCCAUAUACAGAGGGUCUUCCUUCAAAACAACUGGUUAUAUAAACAAUUACAUGCAUGGAGAUUUCGCUGCUUCUGCAGCUGCUAACUUGGCCAUCCUUUCAUCUGAGGAAAAUCAAGUUCCUGAGCCUCGCUCUUCCUAUAAUCGCCGAAAUGCUAUGUCUGACAAUGUUUCGCUUCAGGUGAAGGCAUUUUCUUCAGCAGGUAUGAGAUUUUUCUGGCCAAAUACUGAGAAGAAGCUUGUUGAAGUCCCAAGGGAAAGAUGUACCUGGUGCUUUUCUUGUAAGGCUACUGUGGCAAGCAAGAGGGGAUGCUUGUUAAAUGCAGCCGCAUCAAAUGCCAGUAGAGGGGCUAUGAAGGUACCUGCUGCUGUUCGUUCUGUGAAGAAUGGGGAUGGGAGACUUCCUGGCAUUAUAACAUAUAUUAUGUUUAUGGAGGAAAGCUUAAGGGGUCUACUCACUGGUCCAUUCCUAAAUGACACUUUUAGGAAAAGAUGGCAUAAACAAGUUGAACAGGCUACUACGUGCAAUGCGAUAAAGAUCCUUUUGCUUGAACUUGAGGAGAACAUUCGCACCAUUGCCCUUUCUGGAGAUUGGAUAAGGCUUGUUGAUAGUUGUUCAACUCAAUCUUCUACUUCUCAAAUUGCAGCAAAUGCUGCUGGAUCAACUCAGAAGCGUAGACCAGGGAGGCGUGGCCGGAAACCCUCUGUUGUGGUGGAAGUUGCAAGUGAUGAUUCCCAGGAUGCGUUGACCGACUUCACCUGGUGGAGAGGAGGUAGACUGUCGAAGCUUAUGUUCCAAAGAGGGAUUCUUCCGUGUUCAAUGAUUAGAAAGGCAGCACGUCAAGGUGGUUCAAAGAAGAUGCCGGGAAUACACUAUGUUGAAGGACAUGAGAUUCCUAAAUGUAGCAGGCAGCUUAUCUGGCGGUCAGCAGUUGAAAUGAGUAGGAACAUAGCACAGCUUGCACUUCAGGUCCGACACCUUGACUUGCAUGUGAGGUGGAAUGAUUUAAUUCGUCCAGAACAGACUCCUCCUGAUGGAAAAGGCCCUGAUACAGAAGCUUCUGCUUUUAGAAAUGCUUUUAUUUCUGAUAAGAAAACUGUGGAACAUGAAAUUAGAUACUGCAUUGCUUUUGGUAGCCAGAAGCACUUGCCCUCUCGUGUCCUGAAAACUAUAGCAGAAGUAGAGCAAAUUCUGGAUGAUGGAAAGGAAAGAUACUGGUUUUCUGAGACACGCAUCCCUUUAUAUCUGAUUAAAGAAUAUGAAGAAAAAGUUGAGAAAAACAAGUCUGUGGAUGUGUUGUCCAAACUGCAAAGGAGGCUUUGGAAGCCUUACCGGAAAAAUAUAUUCUCCUAUCUCUCUCGGAAGCAAGAUAACUUGGUCAAGAGUUACUGUAGUUCGUGCCAUCAGGAUGUCUUGCAUAGGUACUUAUACUAUAACUAUGUUUCUAAUUUUUCUGUUCCGGCUCAUCACUCUUUUUUUUGCAGUGCAUGCCAAGUUUCUAAUGUGCCAGGUUUUUGUCACGAGCAAUGUACCACCAGUUCAACAGUUCAUAUGAAUGAGGAGAUUGAGUUUUUGAUCACCUGCAAGCAUUGCUGUGAGACUCGAGCUGUCACCCAAGUUCAAAGUAGCUAUGGAUCCCCAACAAGUCCUUUGCACCUUCAAGGUCGAGACUUUCCAAAUGCAGGGAGCACGAACAAACGUGGCUUAGUAGGUUAUAAAGGACCAUCAGCAUCUGUUGGGACCCUGGAAUAUUCAUCGGAGAUGAAAUUGACCAAUGGUUCUGUAGUAGCAAAGAGAAGUAAAAAUAAAAACUGGGGUCUUAUAUGGAGGAAAAAGAAUUGUGAAGACACUGGCAUUGAUUUCAGAUUGAAAAAUAUUCUUCUCAGAGGCAAUCCAGAUAUGGACUUGACGGAACCUCUUUGCCGUCUUUGUAAUCAGCCAUACAAUUCUGAGUUAAUGUACAUUCGAUGUGAAACUUGCCAAUAUUGGUAUCAUGCAGAUGCCGUAGAACUGGACGAGUCUAAGAUUUUUUACUUGGUGGGAUUCAAAUGCAGCAAAUGCCGUAGGAUCAAAUCUCCUGUGUGUCCUUACUUGGAUCCUGAGAAAAAGAAGGCAUUGGAGGACAAAAUGGAGAGCAAAGUUCCAAAGCUAGAAAUUCCUAACAAUAAUGCUCGUGUAAUAUCUGAACAUCUCAAGGAACAGGGGCUGGCUUAUUCUGCAUUACCCACAAAGACAGAAGUUAUUCAUGCAGGAGCAGACGAUCCUCUUCUCCUAUCCCGUUCUGAAGUUGAGCAACGUACUGACAUGUCAGAAGUGGAUUGUGGAUGGGAUAAUUCUAAUGUAUCUUAUUCUGGUCCUCGGAAGCUGCCAGUCAGAAGACACAUCAAGCAAGAAAAGGAUGUAUAUUCUCCUCGUCCGCCAGAUCCUUUUCAGGUUGAAAUUUCUGCUGCUUCUGAAGCAAAUGUCUUCAACUCUACAAGGAAAUUGCCCGUUAGGAGACAUAUAAAGAGGGAAAACAACUCUGAUUGUAACUCAGCAAUCAAUCUGUACCAGGUUGAUGCAUCCACCCCUUCAGAAGCAAACACCAUGAGCUCUGUGCAGGAUUCCUUAUCCCCUCAGACUCAAUUGGUUGUUUCCAAGGAGGAGUUCGACGACGGUAUUACACUGGACUAUGAUUGUCUUGGUUACGAUGAUAUGGAAUUUGAACCUCAGACAUAUUUCUCUUUCCAUGAGUUGCUUGCAUCUGAUGAUGUUGGCCGUUCAAAUAGCAAUGAAUCACCAGAAAAUGUUUUGGAAAAUUGGGAAGGUUCAGCCGUGCUUCCAGAAAAUGGAACGCUUGAAAUAUCUUAUGAUCAGGAAGAACCCAUCAUUUCUGUUGGAACAACUAUUGAAAUUAUACCUUGUAACAUCUGUUCUCAUACUGACCCAUGCCCAGACCUUUCUUGCCAAAUAUGUGGUGUGUGGAUACACAGCCAUUGUUCACCCUGGCUUGAAUCCUCAUCCUGGGAGGACGGCUGGAGGUGUGGCAAUUGUCGCAAGUGGAGAUAGUUGAUCUUUCCUUUAAUACAUCUGGUCGAAUAUGUAUUAUUUGGAGCGGAGAUGGAUGGCAACUGCAGAUAAUUAUGCACUAGAAUAUGAGCACCGGAGGCAUAUCAUGCAUUAUGUCCAAGCUGAGAUGAGAAACACAGGUGGCAUGGUUUUGCCUGUUUUUCUGUUGCAGUUUUUACUUCAGACUGGCCUGAAUUUCAUUUUGGUGGUCGAAGCAUCUAGUGGUAGCUGCAUAAUGAGUUCAAUGGUAGCAGUUGGAUAAAGUUGUCUGUCACCGCCCCGUGGUUGGUUGAUUGAUGUUACAAGACCAGAAUUCACUUGAUUCCAUUUAGUUCUGGGAGAUAUAGGGAUUAUUCUUAGACCAUGAUUCUUCUUGUUUCUGAUGUUGGUAGAUAAGCUGGGUUUUUUUGGUGCUUAUCUGAUUAUGAAAACAUGGGGCAGGAGUAACUGUGAGAUGGUACAGACAGCAACACAUUGCCCCGUGCUCGGCAGUGUGUACUAUUGUUAUGAUUCUCUCAUCAAUCACCAAAUUGAAUUGUAUACUAUCUUCAAGAAUCUCUCAUUAUCAUGUCAUAUACUAUUAUUAGCAUCCUUUUUACAAUUAAAAUUUAAGGUUUAAGAUUUGUAA